AUGUUUUGAUGCAAAGAGACAUCAGUUUUGUAUUGAUUUGUGUGUCAUUUGGUGUGAAUUGCAGUCAAUUCAGUGGUAAUAGAGAUGUCAACUCAACCCAAAUAUAACGGCGAUUACUCGGCGGUCAACGUGGACAGUGGAAGCGAUGACAAUCUGGAGGAACAGAGCAGUGCCCAGACAUCCAGUGACCCGAAGAUCCAGAAACUGAAGCAACACGUGAGCGAAGUGUCAAACAUAAUGCAGCAGAACAUCGAUAAGAUGCUGGACAGGGGCUCGCGGUUAGACCAUCUCGAGGACAGGUCUGAGAUGCUGUCCAAUAGGGCGGACGAGUUCCGAGUGGGCGCUCGACGGGUGGCCCGAAGGAUGUGGUGGCAGAACAUGAGAGUCAAUAUAUUCAUCGGUGUUGUGGUCCUCGUUGUCAUCCUUAUUAUCGUUUUAUCGAUCACAGGAACCAAGUCUUGAGUAUCGAUCACAGGAACCAAAUCUUGAAUGACUGCACUCUUAAUCCGGAGAUUAGUUCACUAUUUCUAACCGAUUUUUAAAUAAAGUAUUGUUUAUUAAGAUGUUAUUAUCGAC